GGGCUCCAGGAAUUGCGAGAGCAGGGAGCACCGAAUGCAUGCGGGUGGCGCGACCGCGCAUCUUCAACAGAACUGCAGGGCGCUAUCAUUCUGAGUGGCUGAAAUAGCAUCUAACACGUUGCAGAUGGGGAAAUAGUUACUAUAGAAAACAGCACUGUCCAUCAUCGGUGGGGAGAUCAAAUCUGCCAUGGCAAUGUGGUGGGAAGGAAUACACAAAACGUGUUGGAGAGGAGCUUUGUUCGUUCAUGGUGCCGCCAUCGAUCGUGAGUCGUGUGAAUCGGAGUAUGCUCUCCUGUCACUUGUCUCCCCCCCUCCCCCACAUACCCCCCCUAAUACAAGAAACAAACGUAACCAACCAAGACGUGCAAAAGCCCAAUGAAUGAUAUCACUGGCGUGCGUGUGUGAGUGGCGACAGUGACGAGGGCUUUUCUCCUUAAAUCAGGAGUGGCAAGAUCUGGGAGUUGGUACAGUGGUGGUAGUUCCAUCCGGUUCGUAAAGAAUCCUGGAGGGACAGCAGCCGCAAGGUGCUCAAGGGGUGCCGAAGGGGACCCAGAGUCGUGGAGGAGGUCGUGGUUGCAGGGGUGCAGACUUGGUCCUUUCUGUAAGGUUUUCACGAGGUUUUUGAGCCUCGAGGAGUUUCUGAGAAUCUUGGGAGGAGCAUUUGAAGUUCUUGGGGUGGUUUGUCGGAUGCAAGAUCCUGGUUGAGUUGUAGUUGUUGAGUUUCGCGGGUGGAAUUUAUUAUUUUUCUUUGGUAGCGAUGGGGAGUGCAAAUUUGAACCAUAGACGGCUCUCGGAUAGUAUGAGCGAGGAUUCGAAGUACGAUGCGAAGCCGGAGAAGGGACUGGGAUGGAUAUGGCGGCCAAUGAAGUACUUGUUCCAGCAGCAGCGUGUGUGGUUUGUCCUCUUGGGGGUGAUUCUGACCACGGGAUUCUUCCUCCUACAGCCGGAUUAUUUGGAUCAGUACAAGCUCUAUAAACCCGAGGUAUCUCUGUCCACUGAUUCUGUAGAGGCCUAUAAUGAAGUUUACGAUCUCGGGCACCGAAGGGCGAUUGAGACUACACCUUACGGGAAGCUGCAGAAUGUGAGGAUCACAAGUCCCGGGGCGAAGAUCCCUCUAGGGUUGAAGCCAGGACCGAAGCGCAUUGUGGUCACUGGUGGUGCUGGUUUCGUCGGUAGCCAUUUGGUUGACAGGCUUAUUGAGCGCGGCGACAGCGUUAUUGUAGUUGACAAUCUUUUCACUGGGCGUAAGGAGAAUGUUAUGCAUCACUUCGGGAACCCGAGGUUUGAGCUUAUAAGGCACGACGUCGUGGAGCCUCUCUUGCUGGAGGUCGAUCAGAUCUACCACCUUGCUUGCCCUGCCUCACCUGUCCACUACAAGUUCAACCCUGUCAAGACAAUCAAGACUAAUGUGGUCGGCACCCUGAACAUGCUGGGUCUAGCAAAACGAGUUGGUGCUCGCUUCUUGCUGACUAGCACCAGUGAAGUUUACGGAGAUCCCUUGCAACAUCCUCAAGUUGAGACCUACUGGGGAAAUGUGAAUCCUAUCGGUGUUCGGAGUUGUUACGACGAAGGGAAGCGAACAGCUGAGACAUUGGCCAUGGAUUACCACCGAGGUGCAAACGUAGAGGUGAGGAUUGCUCGGAUAUUCAACACGUAUGGACCUAGAAUGUGCAUUGACGAUGGACGCGUUGUCAGCAACUUCGUUGCACAGGCACUUCGGAAGGAGCCAAUGACCGUCUAUGGCGAUGGUAAGCAAACCCGGAGUUUCCAGUAUGUGAGCGAUCUGGUAGAAGGUUUAAUGCGGUUGAUGGAGGGUGAGCACGUGGGUCCAUUCAACCUUGGCAACCCUGGCGAAUUCACUAUGUUAGAGCUUGCAGAGGUUGUCAAGGAGGUGAUUGAUCCCACUGCAACGAUUGAGUACAAGCCCAACACUCAGGAUGAUCCUCACAAAAGGAAGCCGGAUAUCACCAAGGCCAAGAACUUACUAGGCUGGGAGCCCAAAAUUUCUCUCAGACAAGGUCUACCUCUCAUGGUAAGCGACUUCCGUAAGCGUAUCUUCGGUAACAGCAAGCAGGCCCUCCGGGAAGACGUAAUGGGUGAUGCCAGGAGAAAACAAGAUGACUAGAUUGGAGCGUCGUUUUGGCUGAUAUGUUUUUUGUUUUAGACCGAUAUUUCAGGUCGAGAUUGGUGCGCGAAAUGCCUAACUGUGUCCACAGUGCUGGACGAUUCACCUCUGAAAUAGUUGACAUUCACACGUUGGUAAAAGACCCCGAGGAGAAUAGGCUUCAAUUACGGUCUUCUGUUAUAUUCCUUCGUAGCCCGUAGGCUGAAGUAGUGCCUGUAGGUGCUCUCAGGUUUAAGCUAGUCUUUUGUAGCAGCUUCUAUGAUUAUUGAUCAUAUUUAAUAUUUAUAAUUCUGAGGUAUUCUGAUCAUGGUGAUUAGAGUGUAAUACAAAUUUGAACGACCCUUCAUUUUCGAAGAGCAAUCACAUUAGGACAUAUUUUUGUGUUUCGGAUA